GGUGCGCGCAGGCGCCGUAGAAUGGCCAGCCACUGGAGCCGUAUGGGGCGUGUGACCAACCUGGUGUACAACGUGUCACACAUAGUGACUGUCGAUGUCGAGGACGGGGAGCAGUUCUUUGCUUUCGCUUCUCCAGACUUGGACAGCCUCUCCCAAGACGACAAUCUUGAAGGUCCUCUUCGAAACCUGACUGAAGAUGUCGAAGGCUUUCCUAUGCACUACCCUGCUACUACCACAGAGGGAAUGCCGUCUUUGGUGCAGGAUUUCCACGACUUGCUCGACAGCUUUAACUGUACCAACAGUGGUCCUAACUGUGGACUAACACGUGGACGGGACAGUGUGGUACAGUUAGACGAAAACUGGUCUAUUGUUCAAAGGCUCGCCCUUGAGUACGAGCCCGGGGGUAUGAGGAGAGCCAUUAGGUUCAAGAUUCUCAUUGUGGCCUGGCGUGGCUUUAGAAUCUUUAUCCAACUAUUCAUAUUCUAAGAAAGCACGUUGUCGGUUAGAACUCCAUCAUAUACUUUGCUAAACAUGCACUGUUAACAAGAAGGACAAGUGUAGUGUUACACACCAUUCAUUCUGACACACGCAAUAAAAACCACAAACUCAUCACAUGAAACCAUCACCAUUUGUAUUUAUUGUGGUAAAAGCAAACAGAACAAAACUCUUUUGAUAUCACCAGUAUCCAUGACAGAUUGAACAGGAUGGCAACUUCUUUGUUGUUACUCGAAGAUCAACAAAUCCAUAGAUUAUUAUGACUUGAUUUAUCGUUAUCACGGUGACAUAAAACAGUUUCAACCAUUUAUCUACAAAGAUAAAAUGAUAACAUCUUCUGCUCCAACUGUGUAAAUGGUAACGCGUAGGUGGUAUACCACAUUACGACUUUGCAUGUACACAUGAAGGUGUUAGGUGUUUUGAAAAGGUCAUAGUAUAUACGUUUUAGAAAAACCCAAUGGUGUUAUGUGUUCGUCUGUACAGAUCCUGGGGUCAAACUUUUACUUAUCGUUUCAUAUUAAAUACAAAAGCUUCAUAGUACAUAAAGUUACAUGCUCGACAUUAAGUUAUAAGAGCUAUAAUGCUAAACUAGGUCUAACUUAUGAACAUCAUGUAUACUCUCCAAGCAGAGGUAGGGU